CUUCAUGCAGACGAAUGUAUAGGACAAUAUUGGAAAUUAACGAUUUCCAAUACUCGGUUUAAUCAUACAAAUAGCUUGUUUCAACCUAAUGCCAGUAUCUGUUUACUUUUUGCGUAAAAUAGUCUGUCGAGUGUCAUAAAAUUUACAUUCUGUGAAAAGAGUUAUAGAGGAUAUUCUGACGGAUAUAAGAAACAAAGAAAAGAACAUCAGUGCAGAACUUCCAAAUCGUAACCAUUUGUAUAGAAAUUCCAAAAGUAGCCAAAGAAAUGGCGGCACAGGCCGAACAAGAUACGACUGAAAUGAGCAGAAAUAUUACGGAAAAACAGAUACAAUCACGCGACGCUCGGAAAAGCUUUGUUGAAGAGGAGUUAAACAAGGCCGAGAAAUCAAACUUUACUUCAAAAGAAAUUCAAGCAACCAUAAAAGUUAUCGAAAAAAACAUUGAAUUGAUCAGACAUCAUUGUGAUAAGAUUAUUGAAUUGGGAACUACACAACAAGUAGCCGGAUUUAUUAAAAGGGAUGAAAAGUGGUUCUUGGACCAACAAAAAAGGGUGGCAAUGCUAUGUGAGAACAGAGAUGAUAUUAAAAUAAGACAGAAUAGAACUAAAAAGGCUAUCUUAGAUGAACUGAAGGUUUGCAAAUAUAUAAAAUAUUAA